CGCGUUGCCGGUACUCCCCUAGUACCGACAGAACGAUUCCUGUUCGGCUCAGCAACACCUUCCUCUUCCUUCCUCCCCCCGCCGUGCGCUUCUCCGCUACCCCGGAGGCAAAAGAGCCCCCCGAUCUCCCGGGGCCCACCUGCCCGCCCGCCCGCGCGCCGCGAUGCGGAGAAGCUUCCGGUUCUGAGCCGGCCCGACUCCACCAACAACUCGUCGUCAUCCUCCGCUUCACCCACUCCUCCUCCGGCCGUCGCCGCGGGGAAGCGGAGGGCGGCGAGAUGUGGGUGUUCUACCUGAUAUCGCUGCCCCUCACGCUAGGCAUGGUCGUCGUCACGCUCCGCUACUUCGCUGGCCCCGCCGUGCCGCGCUACGUCGUCGCCACCGUCGGAUACGCCUGGUUCUGCUCCCUCUCCUUCAUCAUCCUCGUCCCCGCCGACAUCUGGACGACAUUAACUGGCAGUGAGAAGGGUGGCAUUGGAUUCUUUUGGAGCUGGUCAUAUUGGAGCACGUUUAUCUUAACAUGGGCUGUAGUUCCUACUAUCCAGGGCUAUGAAGAUGCAGGAGACUUCACCGUCAAAGAAAGGCUGAAAACUAGUAUUCAUAUGAACCUGUUCUUUUAUUCAAUUGUGGGGGCCAUUGGUCUUAUUGGACUCAUACUACUCUUAGUUAUGCAUAGAGCUUGGGACGGUGGUAUUGUGGGAUUUGCAAUGGCAUGCUCAAAUACCUUUGGACUGGUGACUGGUGCUUUUCUUCUUGGUUUUGGGUUGAGCGAAAUUCCAAGAAAUAUUUGGAGAAAAGCAGACUGGUCUCACCGCCAAAAACUACUUUCUCAUAGAGUUGCCAAGAUGGCUGUAAAGCUUGAUAGUGCUCAUCAAGAAUAUUCAAAUGCAAUUGUCGUUGCUCAAGCCACUUCAAAUCAAAUGUCAAAACGUGACCUUUUGAGGCCUUAUAUGGAUAUUAUUGACAACAUGUUGUCUCAAAUGCUGCGGGAUGAUCCAUCCUUUAAACCUUCUGGUGGUAGAUUAGGCGAAAAUGAUAUGGACUAUGAUACUGAUGAUAAAUCAAUGGCCACACUUCGCCGGCAACUCAGGAGGGCUCAUGAGGAGUAUUAUAGGUGCAAAAGUGAGUAUAUGACUUAUGUCAUGGAAGCCCUUGAACUGGAAGACACUAUAAAAAAUUAUGAGCGUCGCGAUGCAAACGGCUGGAAAUGUGUAUCAAGUUUCAGAGAAAGUCGUUCAGGCACACUUGGAUCCCUUUUGGACACUAUUGAGUUCAUUUGGCGCUGUAUACUGAGAAAGCAGCUUCAGAAAGCAUUUGCUGUUAUCCUUGGCUGCAUAUCAGCUGCCAUACUGUUGGCUGAAGCCACUUUACUCCCAGGUGGUGUUGAUUUAUCACUUUUUUCUAUUCUUAUAAAAGCUGUAGGAAAGCAAGAGGUUUUGGUCCAGGUUGCUGCAUUUGUCCCCUUGAUGUAUAUGUGCAUUUGCACAUAUUAUUCACUAUUUAAGAUUGGUAUGUUGAUGUUUUAUUCUCUGACUCCAAGACAAACCAGCUCUGUCAGCUUGCUUAUGAUCUGCUCAAUGGUUGCAAGAUAUGCUCCUCCUAUUUCUUAUAACUUCCUGAAUCUCAUCCGCCUUGGUGGUAAUGCCAAAACUACUUUUGAGAAGAGAAUGGGGAACAUUGAUGAUGCAGUUCCUUUCUUUGGGAGAGGCUUCAACAGGAUCUAUCCACUGAUUAUGGUUGUCUAUACGCUAUUGGUUGCUAGUAAUUUCUUUGGCCGUGUGAUUGACUUUUUCGGAAGCUGGAAAAGGUUCAAGUUCCAGUGUGAAGAAGAGAACGUGGAUGGUUUUGAUCCGUCUGGAAUGAUUAUUCUACAAAAAGAGAAAUCUUGGAUCGAACAAGGAUGUAAAGUGGGCGAGCAGGUUAUUCCAUUGGCAAGAAAUUUUAAUGGCAUGGACACAGAUAUUGGAUCCCAAAACGUACCAUUGGUUGAAAAUACAGUGGAGAUGAAAGCAGGAGCAACUUCUUCCAGAAUCGAAGGGAGAGUUGGUCAGUCGAAAUAUGCUAACAACAGGGAAACUAUCGCCAGCAAGUACUCUUCUAUUAGGGAGCAGAAUCGGCAAGCAGCGAAGGCAGCAAAAAAGGAAAUUUCAUCUAACUCUGUGUCUUUGCUUGAAGAAGGAAAUUCUGAACAGCGGUCCAAUGCUGGUGUACCACCAGCUGGAAUGUCCUCAACAUGGGCCUCAAUGAAGAUUGGUUUUCAGAACUUCAAAACAAAUAUGGGUUCCAAGAAGUUCCUUCCUUUGCGCCAAGAUCCAGGAUUUGUUCUGCAUACAAAUGUCGCUUCGCCUGAAUCUCUUGAUGACAUAUUCCAAAGAUUAAAACGGCAACCUGCAAAUAUGCCUGUGGAUUACCUUGAUGAUGAUGAUGACAACACUGGAGACAUGGAUCUACAUUUCCAGGAUCAGUGAGAUAGGUCGUGAUAUUCUUUUAGGAUUUAGAAUAUGCAUACUCAGAAAUUGAAAGAUUUGGUAGCGUUAGAUGCAGAAAAGAAGAUAUAGGAUGCAUAGAUUUGAUGAUGGUUCUGGUGUGCUUCCUGGAAGCUCAAGACGCCUGCCCAUCUGGAAACUACAAACAUGAAAGAAUCUUAUGAUGACAGGUUUUGCAGAAGGGCGGCAGAUUUUCCCACCAAGAGAUCAUGGGACUUUUCUGCUUUACAACUACUACGAAGGUAACAGACAUUGUUGACUUGCUGAUUUUCUUACCUUGUUAAAUCUGUAUGAGAUGCUAAUUUGUUAUCGAAGGGAAAGAAUGUGAAGGAAUAUGUCUUUGAGAGUUGUAACCAGUAAAAAUGUAGUAUCAAAUGUAUACUUGGUCGGGAAAAUGCCCCAAGUGUUUUUGUUUGGCCAAACAUUAGACUUGUAUUUGAUGGUAAACUUGCAGACACUCUUGUGCUGUUGUGCUGCUGCCUGACUGAAAAAUGACCUAUUUCUGCUGU